AUAAAAUAGAAAUUAGGAUGUAUCUCCGAAUUCUGAUGCGUGGACCGUUAAAGGGUCUGAUAACCUAAUAUCUGGGAAAAUGACGAGGAGGAAAAUUCAGAUUAAGAAGAUUGACAACACGACGGCAAGGCAGGUGACAUUCUCAAAAAGGAGGAGAGGACUUUUUAAGAAAGCUUUUGAGCUCUCUACUCUCUGCGAUGCUGAAAUUGGUCUCAUGGUCUUUUCUGAAACAGGAAAGCUCUUUGAAUACGCCAGCUCAAGUAUGCAGCAGGUAAUUGAAAGGCAAAAUCUACAUCCAGAUAAUCUUGGUAAAAUGGACCAACUGUCUCUUGAGCUACAGCUUGAGAACGGUACCUCCUAUGCCAUGUUGAGCAAGGAAAUUGAGGAGAAGACACAUGAAUUGAGGAAGAUUAGGGGAGAAGAGCUCCCUGGAAUGGAUAUAGAAGAAUUACAGAAACUAGAGAAAGAGCUUGAAGUAGGCUUGAGCCGUGUUAUAGAAACAAAGGGUGAAAGAUUUCUGGAAGAGAUCACUGCCCUUCAGCAAAAGGGAGCCCAACUGAUGGAAGAAAACCAACGAUUAAAACAGAUGGAGAAUCUGUUUAGCACUCAAACAUAUGUACUUGAACAAGGUCAAUCAUCUGAGUCAAUCACCAAUAUUUGCAGCUCAUCUGAUCCUCAAAACAAUGAUGGUUCAGACAUAUCUCUCAAGUUGGGGGUGCUGUCACUUGCAACUCAUCAUCGAGCAAUUUGUCUGUUUCAGUAGCAACUAAACCAUCAUCAUUGAUUGCAUGGCAAGAAAUGCAUACUGCUACUAUAGGGAAACUCUUUGCCUUAGUGCAAUCUUUCUAUGUCUUGCAGGCUACCUUUCCUUAAAUGAAUUUGAAGUAUAGUGAAGAUCAAGAAGCAUGCAUGGAUUCUCUUUUCUCAAAUACAAAAGAAAAAAGGCCAUGCUUAAGUAAAUACAAAUCCUAGCUCAAAGUUGUAAUUAAUUUUCUCUAAGGCCAAUUUGUUUCCACCAGCUGAUUCUAAGAGAGUCUGCAUGUGUAUACGAUAGAUUUUGGAUGCUUAAUAAUUUUUAUGGAUGAAUCAAGGGUCAAUUUGUUACAUUGGAAAAUAAAGUAGAGGGUGUUGGAAAAGGUCGAGUGUAGGGUUGAGACUAAUGGCAAGUCAUACUAUUGAUAAAUUGAUUCACAAUUCUACAAUA